AUGUCUAUAAUCUUCCGCCGUGGCAUUGCCACCAUUUCUCCUUUCAAGAGUGCUUCAAAAGUUGUAUGUAUCGGGAGAAACUACGCAGAUCAUAUCACGGAAUUGAACAACAGCAAGCCCAAACAGCCAUUCUUCUUCCUCAAGCCACCUUCCUCGAUUCUCCCUCCAAAUGGUGGACCUGUCAUUCGACCCAAGGGUGUAGAUUUGCAUUAUGAAGUGGAAUUGGCUUUGGUCAUGGGAAAGCAGGUCAAGAACCUCGAGGCAGAAAAUGAGAAGGAAGCUUAUGAUUCGAUCGAAAGCUACGCAAUGAGCAUUGAUAUGACAGCUCGCAACGCCCAAAACGAAGCAAAGAAGAAGGGUCUCCCAUGGGAUAUCGCAAAGGGAUUCGAUACCUUCCUCCCAAUGAGCAACAUCAUUUCCAAAUCACAAAUUCCGGAUCCUCACAAUGCUACCGUGUGGCUCACAGUCAACAAUGAACACAGACAGAAAGAUUCUACAGAAUUGAUGUUAUACCGAAUUCCUAGAAUAUUGAGCGAUAUCUCGAAGGUGAUGACUUUGGAGAAGGGAGAUAUUGUCUUGACUGGUACACCAAAAGGAGUUGGAUCUGUGAAGCCCGGAGAUGUUAUGCGAGUGGGCAUUAGUGUUGGGGGUAAGGAGUUGGAGGAAGGAAAGAUUGAAGUUGCAGUGGAAGAGUCGACAAGUACAUACCAAUUCAAGGAGACUUGA